CACACACACACACAUACACACACACACACACAAACACACACACUCACACACACUGGUUCAUGUCUCAUGACAGCAGAACCUCUCAUGAGUGUCGGUGCCGUGUGUGUUUCAGGGAAGGAGGGCCAUCAUCAGGACGUGGAGAAGAUGAACUCCCACCACGGCGAGCUCAGGAAGCUGGCCGAGUGUCUGGGAUUCCCUCACGACAAACCCUUCAGCUACGACGGAGCUGCAGAUUUUUGUCACAAGAAAUCCUCUCCAGAGGUGGACGUUGCUGCGACUGAAGCCCUGGUUCCUUCCUGAGUGAAGACGUGGGACAAAACCCAACAUGUCAGAUGUGUCGUCAACCAAUAAAAUAACAACUCAA